CCCUGCCCUGGUUCUGCUCCCAGCCCCUGGCUCCCCAGGAGCCUCCAUCCUCGUACCCAUGCCUGGAAGAGGAGGAUGAUGAUGAUGUCAUCCCCAGCGCAGCGUGCCUGGGACAGGGACCUAAUGACACCGGGUUCCCCCGGGACCUUCGGGCAGCGAUCAAGGUUUUCUGAGUCGUCCCGGCAGGCGCCGCGUGACGAGGUGCCAGUCACCGCAGAAAGCACCGUCUGGCCCCGCUUCCCCCGCGGUGGCCGAGGAUGAACCUGGGCCCCCCUGUACCCCCAGAGCUGCAUCACGUGAAGCUGGGAGGGAGCUGCCGCUGCGUCCCCCCCCUGUCUCCCCCUUCCCUCCAACCCUGUGCAGACCCAAGCGACUGCCAAAAUUUUCCAGCUGCCUCUUCACUUCCUCAAUCCAGCGGCAUAAAAGAGCUGCGGCCGCGGCACCCCGCAUCCCCCGGGCCCGGGCUGCGCCGUCCUCCUGCCGACAGCACCAUGCUGGGGAUGUGGUGGCCCACGCUGCUGGCCCUGCUGGUCCCUGCAGUGGUGGCCCAGCCGCACCUCGAGCGGGAGCUGGACGCCCAGUGGAACCUAUGGAAGAAAACCUACGGCAAGCAGUACAACGGCGAGGUGGACGAGGUGGCACGGAGGCUGAUCUGGGAGAAGAACCUCAAGUACAUCAACAGCCACAACCUGGAGCACGCGCUGGGCAUCCACACCUUCGAGCUGGCCAUGAACCACCUGGGUGACAUGACCAGCGAGGAGGUGGCGAGGACCAUGACGGGCUUGAAGGUGCCCCACGGCCGCCCACGUCGCAAUGAGACGCUCUACGUCCCCGACUGGACCGAGAGAGUCCCGGCUGCCGUGGACUGGAGGAAGAAAGGCUACGUGACGCCCGUUAAGAACCAGGGCCAGUGCGGCUCGUGCUGGGCUUUCAGCUCGGUGGGCGCGCUGGAGGGGCAGCUGAAGCGGAAGACGGGAAAGCUGCUGUCCCUCAGCCCCCAAAACCUGGUGGACUGCGUGACCAACAACGACGGCUGCGGCGGCGGCUACAUGACCAACGCCUUCGAGUACGUCCGGCAGAACCGCGGCAUCGACUCGGAGGACGCCUACCCCUACGUCGGCCAGGACGAGAGCUGCAUGUACAACCCCAGAGGGAAGGCGGCCAAGUGCCGCGGCUACCGGGAAAUCCCUGAAGGCAACGAGAAGGCUUUGAAGAGGGCUGUGGCCAGGAUCGGACCCGUCUCCGUGGGCAUCGAUGCCAGCCUGCCCUCCUUCCAGUUCUACAGCCGCGGCGUGUACUACGAUGAGAGCUGCAAUGCUGAAAACAUCAACCACGCGAUGCUGGCGGUGGGCUACGGCACGCAGAAGGGCACCAAGUACUGGAUCAUCAAGAACAGCUGGGGCGAGGAGUGGGGCAACAAGGGCUACGUCCUCCUGGCGCGCAACAUGAACAACGCCUGCGGCAUCGCCAACCUCGCCAGCUUCCCCAAGAUGUGAGCGCUCCUGGAGCCGUGCCGCAGCCGGCCGCCCUCCCCGCUUCCCUCUGUUCAAACUCGGCCUUUUCGCUCCCAAUCUCCAAAGCUGACGUCGUUCCAGGGGGGUUUCUGUCUCUCUGUGAGAAGUCUCCCCGGCUGCAGCCGAACGGUGUGAUGAGCUCCCCCCAACUCUGUUUUUCCCGGGGCUCCUUUGCGGUGCCAGCACUGUCCGUGCCGGGUUCUGCCUUCCCGCGGCUGCGGACGCUCGGGGCCGGGCUCGGCCAGCUCCAGAGAGCCUGAUCCGACCGCAGAUGCUUGUGCAAGCAGGUCCGGCGCCGGCCUCUGCCUCCAGGAAUGUGGAUGCACGGGGAAAUCACGCGCAGGUGGAAUAUCCCCCAUGGAGAGCGCAGGUCUAGAUCCCAGCGGGGGCUGCAGAGAACGAUAUGACUUUAUUUUUAAAAUAAACACCGUUGGGAAUAAA